AUGCUGAAAUAUCGUACGUUGUCUCGAUCAUGUCAUAUUUUUCACCCAAAAUCUCUCUCAAACAAUACCCUGAAAUCUGAAACUACUCAGGAACUACUUCAAACGGUGGGAUUUGUAAGACGCUCGCAAGCUGGGUUGUUCCAAUGGCUACCACUUGGACUCAGAUCACUUAAUAAACUAGCAAAUGCUAUACGAAACCGAAUGGACAACGAUGGUGACGCCAUAGAAGUUUCGCUAAGUGCUAUCUCUUCAAAAGCAUUAUGGCAAGCGACAGGUCGAUGGAACAACAGUGAAUUGUUUAAGUUCAAGGACUCUAAAGGGAAGCAGUACUGCUUGACAGCGACAUGUGAAGAAGACAUUACAGAUUUAAUGAAAAAUUACAUCACUAGUUAUAAAGACAUGCCUAUCACAGUAUAUCAAAUGACAAGGAAAUAUAGGGACGAAAUUAGGCCCAGGGGUGGCAUCUUACGCGGACGAGAAUUUCUAAUGAAGGAUGCAUAUUCGUUUGCUAGUAAUAAAGAGGAUGCAUUUGCCAGUUUUCAAAAAUUAGAUGAUACUUACAAUAAGAUAUUUAAGGAUUUGAAAAUUCCCUCUGUUAGUGCGUGGGCAGAUAGUGGUGACAUUGGUGGUGAGUUUAGUAAAGAAUUUCAUUUGAUUCAUGAAUCCGGUGAGGAUACUUUAAUGAGUUGCAAGCAUUGCGGCGAUAUUUCAACUUUAGAUAUGUCUCAAUCAUAUCCUGAAAAAGAUGGACAAUAUUUGGGUGAUGUCGACUGUAAGUAUGCUUUGACGAACGAUCACUCAACUUUAAUAUGUUUUUACUAUCCAAAGAAUAGACAAUUGAAUUGGAAUUUAGCAUUAAAUGCGAUGGAUAAAGACAUCGAUUUGACAUUAAGAAACAAACCAAAUGAACACGUCUUAGAAAUCUAUGAAAACGAUAACGAAGAUAUCAUGUUCAGUAAAAUAUUAAGAGUUAUGGAUUGUAGAUUGAAUUCAAAAUCAAACUUUCCUGAUUUCCCACUGAAGAAAUACUUGAAGAAUAAUUUUGGUCAAAUCAAUGACGUUUCUAUAGUGGAUGCUCAGGAAAAUGAAAUCUGUGGCAAAUGUGAAGAAGGAAGUUUACAACCUCUCAAGAGUAUUGAGGUGGGCCAUAUAUUUUUGCUGGGUAAUAAAUAUUCGAAGCCAUUGAAUGUCAAGUUUGUCGAUAAAGAAAACAAGAACGAGACAUUCGUCCAUAUGGGUUGCUAUGGCAUUGGAGUAAGCAGGCUAGUUGGAGCAGUUGCUGAACUAGGGCGUGACGAGAAUGGAUUUAGAUGGCCAGCUAUAAUGGCUCCAUACAAGGUAUCGAUUUGUACUGGAUCAAAUAAUGAGGAAAACUCACAGCGGGUAAAGGAUAUUAAAUCUGACCUACUGAAUAGUUCCACCAUGCAUUUACAAAACGAUAUACUUACCCAGUUUAAUGAAAAACUAGGUAUAGGUGCCAGAAUAAAGCUAUCUCAUGCCAUUGGUAUACCAUUAUGUGUCAUCGUGGGCUCAAAAAACUGGCCCAAUGUGGAAAUCGAAGUUCGUGGCAUAAGAUGGGAGGAAAAGGAUUUGUGGAGAAAGCAAUUUGAAAAGAGAUGCAAGGAACUGGAAUGGAAGUGCGCCGAAAAUGAACAUGGAAUUGAGAAGCACACUGUCCCAAUUCAGCAUUUAACAGAAGUAAUUGACAUAUUGCUAAAGGAUAUGUAG